UACAAGAGAGACAACACAGCAUUUCAGACUGGGCACUUCCUUUUGCUGAACUUGCCUCACAGAACUUGGAGUUUGCCCUGAUACAUGAGUUUGGUGCCACAUUCUCUUGUUUGCAAUGGACAGACCUGUGAUAUAUGCUGAUUUAAACUUACCCCGGGAUUCUGGCCUUAAAAGUUCAUCACCCCCGUCUCCUCCUCAGGAUAUCUGUCAGUGUCCACGUUGGCAUCAAUUUGCUCUGAAACUUGGUUGUGCUGGAAUUCUUCUUCUUGCCUUGACUGUGAUUGUAUUGAGUGUUUCAGUGAUAUUCUUAGGACAAAAAUCAUCAAUAGAAAAAAGCAGUGUGGAUAUUCAAGAGAGAAGGAACGAAACAACAGAGAGACCAAAUCUGUUAAACUGCCCAACGGAUUGGCAUCUAAUUCAAGAAAAAUGCUUGUUUAUUUCUCAAAAUCCUAGCCCUUGGAAUGACAGUCUAGCUGACUGUUCCACAAAAGAAUCCAUUUUGCUGCUUAUUCGAGAUCAGGAAGAAUUGAAACUCAUACAAAAACUGAUAGAACAUGAAGGAAUUCUAUACUGGAUUGGAUUAAAUUUUACAUUACCAGAAAAGAACUGGAGGUGGAUAAAUGGUUCUUUUUUAAAACCUGAUGCGAUUGUUUUGGGGAUUAAAUGACAUAAUGUUGGAGAACUAGGCAGAUAUCAAGUCAAGAAAGGCCUGGGAAGCCACUGAGCACCUUUUGGAAAGGAAUUCAUCGACUUGGCAAGAUGAGUGUUAAAAAAGUUAUCUUGAAAAUUGAAGAAAAGAUCAGAAAGGUAGAAGAGAUGAAAAAAAUAGAGAAGACUUUUACAAUAGCCCAGUUGACAGCAGUUCAUAGUUUGACUAGAGCGUCCGCAUUAGGAAGAGAUUAGCUGCUCAGCUCCAAGGGGGCUGCGUGAAGAAACCGAACAAAAGAAAAAACAAAAGCUGUGAUGGAACCCUACCCACGGUCACAACUUCACUUUCUAUUUGAGACAAAUGGAUGGGUCUUGAACUCCUCUAAUCCUUGCAACCCAAUCCUAAUACUGCCUAUCCCAUUGUUUGACUUCUAUUCUCAUGUCCACCUGCAGUGAGCCAUAAGACUCACGCUUGUUUGAAACUAGUAGUAUAUUGAAGCAGACACCAAUCAACCUCUGUUUGGAAUG